AUGUUUGGUUACCGAUGGAAUAAAGCACCAUUGGUUGUUCUGUUUGCCUUUGCAUUCACUCUCGGUUCACUCACAGAUACAGUCCUUCUGGAGAGCGUUUUAGAUGAGACACAACACCUCAAAGACUUCGGAAGCCUUUCUGAUCACUACAUUCAGUCUGAGACUGGGAGCAACUUAAAGCAAAGACAUGUGAUUCACCGGAAAAUUCGAUCAAUAUUGCUCCCGAGUGUAAUUAAGCUAUGUGCAGAGGAAACCAUUCUACAGGCCAUCAACAACCACCUCAAGUAUUACGAACUGAGAGUAUGCCAAGAGGCAGUGUGGGAAGCGUUCAAGAUCUUCUGGGAUAGGCUACCCGAACGAGAAGAAUAUGAGAUGUGGAUGAACCUGUGUGAAAAAGGAACUCUAACAAUUUUUGACAUUGGUGCUAAUUUCAGCGAGUCUGAGGAACACCAAAGGUUGAUUAAGCAGGAGUUUUACAAAGAGCCAACCAUGCUUGUGCUGGUGGAUUUGGCUCUAAUGUCCAAUCAUACCAGCUAUCGUACUGGUUCUUGUGUAUUACAAAGACAACUUUAUCUUUACCCUCAGAAAUUACCACCACAGAUGGAGGCUGCGAGCAGCCCAGGAUCAAGCACAACGACAACUUUGAUUAAAAGCAACACCACCUUAAAAGAUACAGCAACUAAUGAUCCAUCUUCUGAAAUGGUUCCCAUUGCUGGUAUUGACAUCGCAGCUGAAGAGGAGGAGUUGGCAGGCACGAAUGAAGUUGAACCGGUUACAGUGAAGUCGUCAAAGGAGGUUGUAGAAUUCAGCAUCCAGCUUGUUGGAGAGAACUACAGAGAGGAACUUGCUAAUCCUAGCACAUUGGAUCAUCAGAAGAUGGUUAAAGAUGUCCGUGCAGAGAUGAAAAAUAUCUUUGGAAAGGUACCAGGAUUUCAGAGUAUUCACAUACUGGAAUUCAGGGAACAUCAGAAUUUAGACAGCAGCAGCAAUGUGCUGGUGCACUAUGCAAUGACCUUCGAUGGAAGUAUUUUACCCAUUGAGACCAUUGAUACUCCCAGUGAAGUACAAGGUGGAUUGUCCUUGGAAAUGGAAAAUGAAAACCGACUCCCAGCUGUUUACACAAUUAACGAUCUUAGGGAUUUCGUAGCUCAGGCCUCGCAUGAGGAAAAACAAAUUGGAGAUUCAUUGCUGACUUUUGACCCAGAGACUCUUCAGCUUCUGAAUGAGCAUUCAACCGAUCACGGGCUUGGCAGUAAUGACUUUAGCCUAGAGGAUCAAGAAGCUCCUGAAGUACCUUCUCAUGCUUCUGAAGACCAUACAACAGUGGGACUGUCAACAACUGGAUCUCCUUCAGCCGAUGUGAACACUGUUCUAAAUGCUGAGAGACCAUCAACGCCAAUGACAACAAAUAUCAAUGAUGUAUUUCCUGGCAAUUUUAUCAAUGGAGAUUUUGAAGUGGAUAACAAACAAUUAAAUAUUCUUUUUCCAAAAGACAUCAGGAAUGAAGGAAAGCUCCCCAACUUCAUGGGAAGUGAGCAGGCUACGGAAUCUAUCAUAUCUGUUGUGGAGAGACUUAUAAUCACAGAGGGUGACACAGAUGGUUUGCUGCUUAAUAAUGCAGUUCAACCACAAUCACAGCCAACGGUGACUGAACUUCUAUCUGAUCACACAAGUGAAGAAAAGAUGAUAAGCAUGGAAAGCUCAGUUACUGUUACACCAAGAGAACAUUCUCCUGAAUUCUCUUCUGAUUGGGAAGAUGUUUCUGAAGGAACCGUGUUUAUACCAAGCAGCACCAUGUCUCCAACACCUUUACCAUUUGGCACAGAUCCUACCAUAACUCUUGAUAUCAGUGAACCCUCACCCCACACUGUCGGGUCUGUUAGUACAGAUGAACAAAUGGCUGCAAGUUCUGCAAUAUUUACAUCAACAGGUCCUUCAAUACCCAGUUCUCCGAUAUUAGUAGACUCGGAUGGAGUUUAUCAUUCUGGCCAAAUGUCUCAAAGUACAGAUGCUUCAGGCUUUAUAACACACGAUCCAGAUGUUUUUGAUAAUUUGUCUUCAACUACUCAACAAAUCUUUAUUUCAAGCUCAACUGUGGAUUCUGAUGGUAAUACGGAACAAUCUAGUGAUGACCAAGACAUUAUUCUUGACUAUGGAUCUGGAUCAGGAAUUGAACCAGACUUCAUCUGGUCUUGGACUACAGAAUCCUCUGAACCAAUUUCUUAUACUCAGAUACAAAUAAAGCCUCAAAAGACUGAUUUUGUGCAGUUGACAAAUAUCACUCAUGAUAACAUUGCUAUAGAUCAUCAUACACAACUGUUGAAUGUUGCGGAAAUAGGCAAUGUGAUUGAAGACUUCACUGAGUUAAAUGCAGAUGGGGUGACAUCCCAGGAAGAUGCAUCUUUAUUACCUGAAAUAACGUCCAACAGAAUUUUGGAUGCAAGACUUGUAUCUUAUAUUUCACAAGCUUUACCUGAAAAAGUCCCCGUUCAGUGGACACCAGAUAAUGUAUUGGAAUUAACUAUGCAAACAUCGGAGGCAACAGGUGUGUAUGAUUACUAUUCUAGUGACUCAACCUCAGGAGUUCAACCCAUCUUAGAUCACUCAACCUCAGCUGACCUUGCUGAAAAGUACCCUGUUACAUUGAAGCCAAUCAAGGAAUCAUCUCCCAAAGGCCAGCUAAUCGCAGAAUUCACCAUGAUGGGGUAUCCAUCAACAGAAGCAUUUACUAUACAAGAUUUGACUCUUGUUUCAUCCCUCCUGGAUGACUCCAUAGAGUCACCCACCACUAAGCAACUAGUGACACAGUCGUCUAUCACCGAGCAAGUAAACGUAAAUUCACUCACAGCUGAUAACGGAAUGACUGAGUCACCUAUCACUGACCAAAUGACAAUGUUGUCCACAGGUGAGCGUAUCAUCAUAGAGUCACCCACACAUGAGCAUGAAGUAACAGAGCCAGUUACUGUAAGAAAUACAGCCACUGAUAUUUCCAUUGUCGGACAGUUUAUCACUGAGCCUGUAAUAGAACAUGUAGUGUCAAAACCAUCCAGUUUAGACCAAAUAAUCCCAGAAUCACCGACCAUGUGGCAGCUAGUCACAGAGUUUUCCGAUGUGGAAGAACUGAUGAUUGAACCACACACCAUUCCACAGCCAGUUACAGGAUUAUCUAACUCGUUGUGGGCAGAUACAGAACUAACUACGGUGUCUUUGGACAAAUCAAUUUCAGAGCCUUCAAAUGAGAUUCUACCAAUCACGGAAUCAUCCAAUGAAAUUCUUCCUUUUCACAAAUCGUCAUCUCUACCACACACUGUAGUGUCCAAUAUUAUCGUUGCUGAAUUGACCACUCCAGACUUUCAUAGUGUCACCGCUUCUGCUAUGGUGGAACCGUUUACUCAAACAAUGUAUAUUACUGACCCUUCCACUUCAGAGUAUGAUCUCAGCAAAUUAUCCAACAUUGUUCAAAGCCUCAGUGAAUCUGCACCUGUCAUUGAUUCUGUGGAUGAAUCCAUCAGCGCAACACAUCCUGUUAUGACAUUGUCUACAGUAGUAGACCUUACCACCGCAGCAUCUACCACAGUGAAGAUAUUGGCUGAAUCAUCUCCUGUUGACCACCAUGAUCUCAUUGUUGUAGAAUACAGUGAAAUGAAACCCACUAAGAUACAUUCCUCAAUCACUCAAGACAUUGAGGAGAAUGAUGACGUACACUCUGAGGUUCAAGAUAUCUCAACUGAGCUGGAACAUUCAGAUCUAAUUUACCAUCAGGAAGAGGCAGACAAUCAUGAUGAAAUGGCUAGUGGCUACACAGAACUUGCGAUUGCCAUACCAACAAACAAAGCAAUGAUGAGCAACAAUACUAUGUCCAAGAGGGCACUGAUUGUCUUCUUUAGUUUGCGUGUGACAAAUAUGGUUUUCUCAGAUGAUCUCUUCAAUAAAAGCUCGCCUGAGUACAAGGCUCUAGAACAGCAAUUCCUGGAGCUGCUUGUUCCUUACCUACAGUUAAACCUGACUGGUUUUAAGUAUCUUGAAAUCUUGAAUUUCCGAAAUGGGAGCAUUGUGGUGAACAGCCGGAUGAAGUUUGCUAAACCUGUGCCACAAAGUGCGACCAAUGCCGUCUAUCUAAUCCUGGAGGACUUCUGCAAUACAGCGUACCAAACCAUGAAUCUUGCUAUUGACAGAUACUCUCUGGAUGUGGAGUCAGGUGUCCAGGCUGAUCCUUGCAAAUUUCAGGCCUGCAAUGAAUUUUCAGAGUGUCUCGUGAACCAAUGGACAGGGGAAGCAGAAUGUGUGUGUAAUCCUGGGUAUCUGAGUAUGGACAGCCUUCCUUGUCAGAGUAUCUGUGAGAUAGACACAACUUUUUGCCUUAAUGAUGGUAAAUGUGACAACAUCCCACAUCACGGAGCAAUCUGCAGGUGUCGUGUGGGGGAGAACUGGUGGUAUAGAGGGGAACACUGUGAAGAGUAUGUCUCGGAGCCACUCGUGGUGGGCAUUGCCAUCGCCUCAGUGGCUGGUUUCCUUUUGGUAGCUUCCGCGGUCAUUUUCUUCCUGGCCAAAACGGUUCGGGAGCAGAUUUUUAAAAGUGACACCAGGGGAUCUUCAGGACGUAGCGAUAGCCUGGCAUCAGUGGAGAAUGGAACAAAAUAUAAUCCUAUGUAUGAAAGUGAUGCCACGACUGGAUACAGCCACUACUACAGGCGUUACCCUCAUCUGUCGUCCUACAGCUCGACCAGUCCUGAGGCAUCCACUGACUUCAGCAGUGAUGAGAUCCGACACAUUUAUGAGCACAGUGAACUCAGCAAGGAGGAAAUUCAAGACAGACUGCGGAUAAUAGAUUUAUACACUAAAGAUCGGCAAUUUGCAGAGUUUGUGCGGCAGCAUCAAAUGGCUAUGGAUAACACCAGAAGAAGUUCCACCAGCUAAUCCCUCAUAAAAGAUUCCAGUCAGAAAAUCAUUAUAGGGUCUUUCUCAAAUCUUCAAUCCAACACACAUGCUAUCGGUGACAGC